AUGGCAGUCAAGCCGCUGGCCAAGGCCGGCCUGAUCUGGCGGUUUUUCCUCUACACACUCGGGGCGGCCUUUGCCUUUUUCAGACGCACGCGCGCGCUCAAGAAGCGGCAGAAGCGCCAGCAGGCCCUCGAGCGGAGGAAGCAAGCAGCAGCACCGUCAGGCAACAAGCCACAACUACAAGACACCGAGGCGGCAGCGACGCAGCCACCACCGCAGCAGCAGCAUCCCAGAAACAUCGUCGUGGUCGGCGCCUCCUUCGCGGGCUACCACGUGGCGCGGGAGCUGGCGGCGGGCCUGCCCGAGGGCGGCGCGCACCGCGUCGUGGUGGUGGAGCCGAGCAGCCACUUCCACUGGACGUGGGCGCUGCCGCGCGUGUGCGUGGCCGAGGGCCACGAGCACAAGGCCUUUAUCCCCUACGGCCCGCACCUGGCCGGUGUCGCUCCGGGCCGCCUGCGCUGGGUCACGGGCCGCGUGGCGUCGGCGUCGCGCGGCUCGGUGACCCUGCAGGGUGACGACGACGGGGGAGAUGGGGAGGUGAUACCGUACGACUACCUCGUCGUGGCGACCGGCUCCGGGGCGGGCGCCACGCUGCCGUCGCGGGUCGGGGCGGCGGACCGGGAGGGCGGGCUGGGUCGGAUCCGGGAGAUGCAGCGGCGGGUGGCGGGCGCGGCCCGCGUGGUGGUGGUGGGCGGCGGCGCGGCGGGCGUGGAGCUGGCGGCCGACGCGAAGGCGAGGUACCCGGACAAGGACGUGGUGCUGGUACACUCGAGGCCCGCCGUCAUGCACCGCUUUGGCCCGGAGCUGCAGGCCGCCGCGCUCGAGGGCCUGCGCGGCCUGGGCAUCGAGGUGGUGCUGGGAGAGCGCGCGUCCGUGGGCGAGGACGGCAGGCUAGUAACGCUGUUGCGGUCGGGGAGGACGAUCGAGUGUGAUGUCUUUAUCAGCUGCGUCGGCCAACGCCCGACCUCGGACGUGCUCGCGGGACUCUCGCCGGGCUGCAUCUCCGAGUCGGGCCACGUGCGCGUGCUGCCGACGCUGCAGGUGGCCGACGAGUCCCUGCCCAACGUGUUUGCGUGCGGCGACGUGGCCGACACGGGCACCGCCAACCCCAACGGGCGCGCCGCCGUCAGGCAGGCCGAGGUGGUGGCCGACAACAUCCUCGCCAUGGCCACGGGCGGCGGCCGGCCCUGCGCCGAGUACAGGGCGCACUGGGCCGACGGCGUCAUCAAGCUGACCAUGGGUCUGGAAAAAUCAAUCAUGCAAUUUGGCGAUGGCAAGACCGAGUUCUUCUGGCAUUCCAAGGAAAAGGACGUGGCGCUCGGGGUCGACGGCGCCUGGAGGCACCUGGGCGCCGUCCCAUUCGAGGAUAGCACCGACGAGCUGGCCCAGUACCGACAGGUUUAA